AGUGCAGUGGCUUGCGUUUACAUCAUGGUGACUGACGUUACACGAGCGUCUUUGUAGUGUAGUCAAAAAACUUCUUCCACUUCAAGUAUGACAGGUUGAAACAACAAUAUUAAUAAUUGCAGGGAUAUCUGACAAGCGGCGUUGUCUUGUUUAGUUGCUUGAACAGAAACCAUGACUGCCAAUGAAGAUCAAGAGAUGGAGUUGGAGGCUCUUCGUUCUAUAUAUGAAGAGGACGAAUGCUUCAAGGAACUCAGUCCGACUUCAUUUCAGUUAAGAAUAGGAGAUCACGAAGACCCCAAAGCUUUUCUUUUGGACGUCUCAUGGCCUGAGACAUAUCCUGAAACUGGCCCCUCGUUAUCUUUGCAAGCUUUUUUUAACAACAGAAUAUCUUCUACAACAAAGAAGGAUAUCAUCUCUAAGCUGGAGGAGCAGGUGGAGGCCAACCUGGGCGAAGCCAUGAUGUACACAUUGUUUGAGUGGGCCAAAGAAAACCAGGCUGCCCUGAUGGAGAACCACCAGCCUGUAAAGGAUGCUGUGGCAAGCAAUGCUGUGUCUGUAAGCAAGAAAAAGGAGAAGAAAGAACAGCUGACCAAAGCACAGAAGAAGAAAAUAAUCUCAAGAACAGAUAAUAAAGGGGAGCUCCCCCGAGGCUGGAACUGGGUAGAUGUCGUCAAGCACCUGAGCAAAACAGGAGGUGCAGAGGACUAGAGGAUCGC